UUUGAGAUUGUCACAUCGAGGGGGCUGGCUCAUGAGCUACUCAGUGCGCGCCUUGGACGAAGGGUUUCUUAUAGCUCUGGUAUCGCCGGCGAGGGGGCUACCGGCGCAGGGAAGAGCUUGAUGACCUCAAACGACAAGGAAAUCGAUUUUCCCGGUAGGCUCGCAGUGGCUCGCUAUGGACACGACCAGGCCCAGUGCCCUUGUGAAUGCUGGAAAGCAAUAAGUUCAGUGCUGUGUUGACGGACCCUGAAAAUGCCUUCAUUUGGGGAUAGUCGACUAGGAGCAUCGAACGAAUGUGGAAGACACGCCUCCGGUAGGCGAAAGAGAGAGGAGAGUGACCUCGGGAUGAAUGCUGUAUGAUUAGAGUCUUCAAGAGAGGGCUGGCACUGGGUCAAUCAUCCACGGGGAGAGAAAUCUUGGUAGGUGGGUGCUGUCAACAAGGAGUUUUGCAGGUGCGGUAGCGAAGCUGAAGCGGUGCAGGCAAGACUUCCGUGUCUUGUGCAUUAUCCCUUGGUUCUCUUCACUUCUUUCCAUGUGCAUCGUCUUCGCUUUCUGACUUGCGACCUACCAUGGCUUUGAACAAGGCAACUGAGCGCCUGUUCAAGUACCCUCCCAUGGAGCGUCAAGACCUCAACCAGUCUCAACUGGGCAGCUUCAAGUUCACUCCUGUCGAUCCUGUCAGCAACAUUCAAACACUCACUCAGUCAGCAAAGCAUUACCUUGAACAACAGCUCAGCCGGAGGCUCCCUCGAGGAGCAGCACCUCUUGCGGCCGGCUCUUCACAGAACAAACCAAACGCGUUCACUGACAUGUCACCUGAAAAAUCUGUACCCUACUCAAAUCCUUCUUCGGUCGACGCCAGCUUCUUCAACAAACACAUAAAGCCCGACCUGGGUGACUCUCGUCUGCGACUUGGUCCUGCCGCUCUCCGUUCGGCUGUUGAAGGUGCUGCAAGUCCGACAAAGAGCGUCUCCGUGACUCCGGUGCAACAGGAACUCGAUGCCACUCUGAGGCAGCACCAACAAACUAACUCUUUCAAUGCUCCAGAACUGGUGUCGUCCCAGCCUCAAGUCCCACUCAUGGAUCUAAAGUCUGCCAUUUUUACACUAGAUGGUGGUCUUGUCGGUCAAAGCCGAUCUGACUCAACUUCUUUCACUGAAACAUUAUGUGUGGCCCUCGCGAAUGAGCAGCGAGCUCACAAUGCGACCAAGGCAGCCUUGGCCGAAAAGAUCGACCGAUGCAUUUUGAUGGAGAGCCAGAUCAGGAGAAACAGACAGCAAAUUACAAGUAUGACAACCACGAUCAAAAGUCUAGGUGCCAUCGUCAAACACAAUGCCAACGGGAGUAAGGGCAAGCCUCCUGUUGCAUGGUGGUAUGAGACCGACGUGUCGGAAGACAAUGACGAAGUAGCGUUGAGAGAGUUUUACCGUGAGUAUCAAAAAGUCAAAGAUGCGGCCAAGGAGAAAGAUCAGUACAAAGAAGAGGAACAGCACACAGAAGAAGAACGUCCCGGAACUGGUGUCUCGGCCAAGAAAGACACGACCGGUGUGGUUGUCGCGCCAUCUAGCGAUGUCGUCGAUGAUGCGGAGCUCUACAAUCUUGACCUGCUGAAGAAGCCCACAUUCGAUAACUCUGCCGACUCUGUUUUACGCAGAACUCUUCGGAAGCACUUCUCCAUUGAUGACAACGCUGACGACGGCAAACCCCCAAUGACUCCUACCAGACGUCGCCCGAGUAUCAAUAGGCUAAUCGACAUCUCCCCAGAGUCGUCUGGAGAAGCAAAGGAGAAGGACAAAACUGAACGGGAGUAUGACAUGGGCACCCCAAAGAAGGAAACCCUGGUUGACAACUCUGCAAAUGACAGUCAACAACGACUGAACGCUUCAACAACGAACCCAAGUCAAGUCCGCCUUUUGACCGCGCAAAAUCCUGUCCUUGAGCUGCCUCCGGCAAUCGUCGCGAAGUACGGGCAGAGACCUGUUGAGCCACCGGCACAAGCCUUGGAAGAAAAGUCAAAUGGAGUACGCUCACAUCUAGCAAAGGCCGAGGUGUUCUUGCGUAAAGAUACACUAAGCAAGCCGCCCUCGAACGACGAGCACUAUGGCAAAUUCAGCCCGCCUUCUUCCAUCGCCAACGACCACAAUGACCCCUCUGCCACUGAUAUUGUCUCUCCUAUUGCAGCUCACUCAAGAUCUCGCAUCACUGUUCAGGUCGGCGACAAUCUUCAUGGGGAGCCGAAAUGGUUGAUCAACAAAGACAAUCCAAUUUUUGAAAGUGAGCAAGAAAAGAUGCAAGCUAUUGUUGAAUGUGGGAAUGCCUGGCGCCAAAACAGCCCUUUCAUUCACCAUCCAGUUCGCUACCUUCCUGAGGAUGCCGCUGGAACCGCUGACGCGUAUCGCACUGUUAUGGUCGACGCCAUUCCGGUUGGGAGCACUAUUCCAGAUGUUCUGAGUAUUGUCAAGGGCGGUUCCUUGGAGUCAAUCCAGCUAUUUCCACCCAUCGGCAAAGUGACAACCGUCAUGACUGCUCGAAUCGUGUUCAAUUAUGAAGAAUCUGCGCAUAACAUGAUCAAACAUCAAGAAGCUAGAUCGGGAGAAGCUAAAGAUGGGAACCGAUUCAAAAUAAAUGGUCUUGCUGUUCGUUGCUGGAUGCCCACAGAUCCCACCUAUCCCCGAAACGAUGAGCUCGAACGCAAAGUUUUGGGCAAGCCCGGGGCUUCUCGAAUCAUCCUCCUCGAUAACAUCGACGAAUACACCUACAACUUGAUCCCAUACAAGAUCAAGCCGCCUCAUGCUCAACACGUCAUUGAGUACAGCUACACACUUGAUGGCUGCGUAUCGAUUGAAUUCACCGACGUCAAGACUGCCAUCAUGGUGAUGGAUAUGUUGAGGGGAGAUAGAGAUCUCUGGGAUGCUAUCUUCCAGUACGAUACUGACUAUACAUGCACACCGUACGUCAAGGGAGAGCCGAUGGGCAAUUGAAAUGACACUGCCAGGCGGAAACGAAAACCGAGAAGUAGGCCUAGAUACACUUCGAAUCAACGACCAAAUCGCGCGAGAGCUACAAAAUGAACAUGCAAGUGGCCAUGGGCUACCAGAGAUACCUGAAGAUACGGAGCUGAGCAGAAACGAGCAAAUGCAUAUCCUUG